AUGAGGACAGCAGUGACCCUCCUGGCUCUCUCUCUCCUUCAUGUCUGCUGUCCUGUCCCAGUCAGCCGCCCGACCAACUGGCUCAGACAAUGUCGUGCCUCCACCAACCUCUCGAUCACAGCCCUGGAGGUGCUGCCAGGUGGAGGCUGGGACAACCUCCGGAACAUGGAUAUGGGUCGAGUCAUGAACAUCAGCUACCUCCAGUGCCAGACCACUGAGGACGGGGUCUACCUCAUCCCAGACGAGGUGUAUGUCAUCCCCCACAAAGAGACGGGUGUGGAGACCAACUCAGAGAUAAUCAACUCCUGGCUGGAACAGAAAAGCUCUACCUCUUACUCCAUAAAUGCAGACAUAUCCUUCCUCUCUGUGAUGAAUGGUAAAUUUUCAACUGAGAACCAGAGGAUGAAGACCCAUCAGGUCAAGGACUCUUCAACUACAGCCAGGGUGCAGGUUCGUAACUUCAUCUACACAGUUAAAGCUUAUCCAGACUUCACUUUGGACACACGCUUUGCUCAACAAGCCAAGGAGAUAGGUGAUGCAAUUGAAAACAACCAGACGAGGAAUGCAGAUUAUCUCUCAGAGAAGAUGGUACUGGACUAUGGAACUCAUGUAAUCACAAGCGUCGAUGCUGGGGCUACGUUGGUGCAGGAAGACUACCUCCGUUCUACAUAUGUGUCGGACAGCGUGUCACAAACGUCCUCUGUCAAAGCUCUGGCUGGCUUCAACUUUUUUGACAAACUCAAGUUUGAAAUAAGCAGUCAGAAUACCCAACAAAGCUCAUCACUUCAAACCUAUCAGUCCAACAUUCAGUACUCUCUCGUUCAGAGCCACGGAGGCGGCACACCUUUCUAUCCUGGCAUCACUCUGCAGAAGUGGCAGGAAAGUACCAGAAACAACCUGGUUGCUAUCGAUCGCUCAGGAUUUCCCUUACACUACUUUAUAAACAUCAACACCAUUCCUGAUCUGCCGCAGCCAACCGUUGGAAAAGUGGCUCUGAGAGUGAGUCAGGCCAUAGAGCGAUACUACAAGGUCAACACCCGCCCUGGCUGUGUCGACAUCAACUCCAAGAACUUUAACUUCCAGGCCAACAUUGAUGAUAAUUCCUGUGAGGGCCCUGCCACAAACCUCAGUUUUGGCGGCGUCUACCAAGAGUGUAUUCAGCUCAGCCCAGAUGCGGGUCCACUUUGCGAUGCCCUGGCCCAGAAAAACCCUGCAACGGGUGACUUCUCCUGUCGUUCGCCUUACUCCCAAACUUUACUGAGAUCAGAAGUAAGACAGCAGGGUUACAAUGUGCGCCACUGUUAUGAGAGAGGGCAUCCCUGUGGAUUUUUGUGGUUGAAGACUUGCUAUAAAUCAGAGUGUCAUGACAACUACUAUGUUCGCUCUGCUCGCAUCAACACCUACUGGUGCUCUGUAAAAGGAAAAGCCCCCGACGAAUCAGGGUAUCUUUUUGGAGGAAUAUACAGCCCCUCUCUCCUGAACACCCUCACCAAAGCUAAAAGCUGCCCACCAAAGUUCAUUCCACUAAAGUUUCUCUCGGAUGGCCAAGUGAUGUGUGUGAGUAACGACUAUGAAGCCGGCACCAGAUACGCAGUAUCGUUCGGAGGCCUCUUCAGCUGUCAGUCAAACAACCCCCUGGCAGGAGACCAACAUCGCUGCCCUCCCAUGUUUAGUCAGCACCUUGCCGCAGUGAGUGACGGCUGUGAAAUUCUUUUCUGUGUCCAGUCAGGACUGUUCACAGGUGGGCAGCUGCUGCCAGUUCGUCUGCCUCCUUUCACCAAAGCUCCACUUGUCAGCAUGCAAGCCACCAACACGGUAAUGGUGAUGACUGAAGGAGAAAAGAGCUGGGUCAGAGUGGGGCAGACCAAGAUGUGGAAACUGGCCAAGCCAGAGGAAAUUGAAGAAAUUUUGCGUAAGCUUGACCCAGAAUUGAGUCAGAUGUCUGGUGGAGAAAAGGCCGGGAUAGCCUUUGGGGUGAUAGGUAUAAUGAUGCUGGUGAUCAUAGGGGCAGUGCUCCUGGAGAAGAGGAGGAGGGGGGGAAGGCUGUCCGGGUUUAGGACGGCUGUGGGCUAUGAGAAACUACAUGGAGAGGAUGAGGGUGAUAAAGGAGAGAGUGAGACACAGCAAGAUGAGGCUUGAGAAAAACAUAGCUUAGAGGCUUGGCACCCAGAGACGGGUUAAUCUAGUUUGGCAGAUUUUGUUUUGUUUGUCACUUCAUUGUCUCCUCAGGAAUCACGUUCCCGUGUCUUACAGGAGUGGAAAGUUUUCAUGUUCAAGUACAAGCUAGUAAAAGUAAUCGUUUUAACAACUCAUUUAUUGGUACACAUUUUUGCGUGAUAGGAUGAUGUGUACUUUAAGCUGUUAGUGUCUGUAAACUUUGCAUUUUGCACCUACUAACUUUAGACAAUAUCAUACUGCAUUAAAUUAGAUCAAAAUCACACAUGCACUCCAGGGCAAUCUGCCUUUGAAAUCACAAAAGGGUGCACUGAAAGCAGAAUGCUGAAGUGAUCUCAAAAGGCCAUGGUGAACCAAUACUGCCCCCAUGAGGCCCAGAUGCACAAAGCCAUUUAGUUGGAAACAUUUCUAUCCCCUGUUUAAGAACUUGAACGCGUUGUUUGGCUUUGUCUGAAGGCACAAUUCAUAUAACAUGUUGUUUACAAAUAUUUUUACAGAUGAUUGAUGAAAACUUUGUAAUUUUUGUAUGAAUAAAAGGAGCAUUAGAUUAAG